AAAAUUUGGGGUCACAGUGUCCUGUUUGGAUCACAUGCUUUAUAAAUGCUCUUUACCCUUACUCAACUCUUUCAGAUCAGAGAGCUACGCGACAAAGAGUUGGAUUUACAAAGACAAAUGAACUUGUUGAAGGCAAAGGAGUUAGAAGGAGUUCUACUUCACACUCGAAAAGUGACUGUGUGUGAUAGAUAUCCGGAUACACCCAUCAGGCUUGGAAGAGAAGCCAAGAAAUCUGGGCAGGACACUGUUAUGAGGGGUGAUGCUGGACGGGAGCUACAUGUAAUCGCGUGGAUAAGCACCGAUGAUGAGACUCAUCUUGUACUAUGGGAUGCCGAUUUCUUCCAAGAUGUCAUCUCCAUACUGGCUCCAUUGUGUCCGGUAGUGAAACAUAUCUCCGUUGAUUUACACUGCCACUGGAUGCAACUACACCCAUUAACCCUCAUGCCUAAGCCUAAGCUUAUGCCUAUGAGAUCUGUCAUCACAGUUUGCAUUAAGACCCUGUAUAGUUCAAAAACACUUCAUGAUACACUAUUGGAGGUCAGUAAAUUGUUUCUAAAUGCAGCGAGUCUAGAUCUGCUAAUAGAGAGUCUAAUUUCUCCAUCCGAUCAAGCAUUAUUUCAUGAGGUCAAUUCAUCAUCAUCAGUGAGAGAGCUUAAAUUAAGAUGUGAGGGCAGGUGUUCAGAUGACGUACCUACAGACAGCCUGUUAAUUGAUAUUUGUACCUCCUGUCCAAAUAUUGUAUCACUGGUGUUAUCAGGCUUUGGAAGAAGUCUAUCGAUCAAGUCAGGCAAAGAAAUUACAUCAUGCAAGAUGCCACAUCUGACCAACAUCCAUCUUGAACCAUUUGAGACGGAUGAUUGCUACAAAUUUGUAACUUUAAUUCAUGUAUUACAUGUAUUUUAUGUGAUAAAUCCACGUUUGAGGUAUGUUGAGGCAAAGAAGGUGCAGCUUGGAGAUGCAGAACUUACCUCUGUUACGUGGUACCGAACAUUUUCAGGUUCUGAGCUACAACUUGAAGGUGCACCAACAGCUGUACCCAUGGCUGACCUAAUGCAUCUUGUGUCAACUGAACUCGAAGGAGUAACUGUCCUGACAUUAGACAGGUGCAAGGUUGACAUUCCUCAGAGUACCAGUCAUCCACCACAGUGCACAGGGAAAGAGAGUUCGCUUCGAGAACUCAAGUUCUUAAAUGUGGAAUGCCCGUUGUCUCAAAGUGACAUCCACAAACUUUCAGAGAUGUAUCCUAAUGUAAAGGUCACAGUUGAACAUGACAGUAAGGCAUCACAUGAAGACUCUAAGCAGGGUACGUCGAUGCAUUUCGAGCUGAAGAGGAGGACCUCCCCAUCCUCGUCACCCACCUCAUCCUUCUCACUCCCCCCAACUUCUUCAAUAUGUGAGUUUAUUAAGAUUAUACAUGUAUGUAUGUUUGCACUAAUGAAUUUGUUCACAUAUAUAGGGGUAUACUGCAGCGGUUUACCACAUGUUUUUCCUUUUUAUCUGCGCUCUACAGUUUUGUGCCUUAAAGUGCCCAUUCAAAGACUAUCACAAAUAUGGCAAAUAACGUAUCACUAGAAACUGGUAAGCUGACAGAUGGCCAUCGUACACGUUUUAGGUCGACUACACAGUGGGUGAUUUAUACAAAUACAAAUAAAACCACCUCCAUAGCAUCUGGGAUAUACAAGAGAUUCACCAGAAAGGUAUUGAUGUUUUAAUGACGUCACAAUAUGAACCAAUCUUUUCCAAACAGACGACAUCCCAUAAAGAAUGAACAUAAUUUCAAUACUAUUAUUUCUCAAAUUAUACUUUUCAUAUGGUAUGAUAAUUAUGUUAUCAUACACAAUGACAAUCAUCAAAUGAUUACUAUACCUUAUGGAUAGUAGACAAAAUGGUCAUUAGACAAACUGGGAAUUACACCGAUUGGACAUUAGACUAAAUGAGCAAUAGACCAAAUGGGUUGUCGACUUAUUUGAGAUUAGACCAAUUGGCUAUUAUAGCCUUAAAGGUAGAGAUCAGUUUUGGAAACGCCCCCCUCUCAAAAUAUGAAAUGGAAGCUCUCAUUACCAAUCUUGUGAAAGAAUAUGUUUUGACUAAUA